AUGACUCAACGAACCGAAACGAAGUCCAAAAAUCCUGACGAUGAAGCCGCCAACGUCGGCACCAAGCGCAAAGCCUCAGAAACCUCGCCGUCCAACCAUACCGAGGAUGAUGAACCCAAUACCAAAAAGGCCAAGACCGAGAACUCAAAGGCAAUGGUCGAGUGGCUCCUAAGUGAUGAAGCCUUCUCCCUCGCCUUCCCAGCUCUCCCACCUGGCCACGGCGAAAUCGACUGGGACGAAGGCCAACACCGCAAAGACCCUCCUCCCGAAAACGCCGGGAAGAAACAAGAUAACAGCGAUGGCAAUAAUGAAGGCAAUGAUGACGGCAAAGCACACCGUCUAACAUACCCAGACUCCACGCUCACCCCCUUCCAAAACCUCGUGGCCGCCCUCCUAAUAAGCAAACCAAUCUCCCACCGUUUAGGCCUCCGAACCCUCAACACAUUACUCAACCCGCCCUUUCGCUUGCGCACGCCGCGGGACCUCGACGAAGCUGGGUUCGAGGGGCGGAGGAAGGUGAUGUGGGAGGCGAGGACGCAGCAUAAGGAGAAGACUGCUGUUCAGUUGGGGGAUUUAGUUGAGGGGGUGAGGAAGAUUUGUCACGGUGGAGGGGGUGAUGAUGAUGAAAGUGAACAGGAACAGGAAAAGGGAAAGGAAGACGAGGGGGCUGUCGAGAAGAUGACGGCGUUGAGAGAGAUGGUCAAAGGAAUGGAGGCCGAGGAGGCGCAGAAGAAGGUUGAGAAAGUGUUGACUGAUGGGAUUAAAGGCGUUGGGCCCACUGGUGCUGGGAUCUUUUUGAGGAGGGUGCAGGAGGAGUGGGAAGAGGUGUUUCCUUAUGCCGAUACGAGGGCUCUUGAGGCUGCUGUCGAGUUUGGUGUCAUUCAGGAGGGUGACGGCGCGGAGGAGUUGGCCGAUGCGGUUGAGUGGGAUCGGGGCAAGUUUGUGAGGAUGUUGGAUGUGCUUGUCGGGAUUCAACUUGAGAAGAAGAUGGAGGAGGCGCUGAAGAUGGCGAGGGGAGGUGGGAAGUAG